AUUGCUGCCUUUUAGUAUAAGUAUAAAAUGAGUGAAAUAAAGAUAGAAUUUGCUGUGGAGAUGCAUAGUGAUAGUUGUGUUGAAAUUGUACAAAAAUCUUUGGAUGGAAUGGGAUUAGUAGAUAUCGAUCGUAAGGAAGGACGCGUUAUUGUGCAUACCGUGGAGCCUUGGUCAAGAAUACAGGAAAAAAUUGAAAACACCGGACGUAAAGCGGUAUUAGCGGGCUUUGGCGGACAAUCUGCUGUUUCAAUUAUAAAUAACACUGGCAGUGAUAUAGAUCGUACCAGCAUUCAAGGAGUUGUACGAUUCACAGCCAUAACCAACGAUCAAGCAGGUGUAGUAGUAGAUGGCGUAAUAGAUGGCUUAACGCCUGGUUUGCAUGGUAUGCAUGUUCAUGAAAUGGGUGACGUCUCCGGCGGUUGUUACUCAGUUGGUGCACAUUAUAAUCCAAGGAAUUCACCGCAUGGCGCACCGCAUGACGAACCUAACCAAAGACACGCCGGCGAUUUGGGUAAUAUUCGAGCGGAUGAAACAGGCCGAGCAACAUUUCGUUUUGUAGACUCAAUUCUCGAAGUUUGGGACGUAAUCGGCCGUUCCGUAGUCAUUACGCAACAACCGGAUGAUUUUGGAAGGGGUUGCAAUGAGCAAAGUAGUAUAGAUGGAAAUUCUGGCGAAAGAAUUGCUUGCGGCAUAAUUGCGCGUUCAGCGGGUAUAUUACAGAAUUUCAAGAAAAUUUGUGCAUGUGACGGUGUUACAUUAUGGGAUGAACGUUUUAAACCUUUAGCUGGUGGUGUAAGAAAUCGAAAAGUGUGAAAUUAAUACAAAGGAUAUUUAAAUUUUCUUAUAAGUCUCUGUUUGCAUUUAUUUUUAUAAGCAUGCACUAACUUGCUGCACAGCACGGGAGGUGAAAUUACGAUGGUGGAAUGAAUCUGAAAUAUGGAUAGAUGUGUCAAUUUUUUAAGUUUAUAUAUCUACAUGCAGUUAAUAUUAUAUUUAUAUAUAUAUAUAUAUAUAUACUUCUAAGUAAUCUUCCU